ACUCCGACCAGCCUCAGCUAGCUAAUGCUAGAAGAAAACCGAUCCAGGGAAUUUUUACAAAACGAAACCAAAUUGAUUGAGAGUAAAAGGGAGAAGGCGAUACUAUUCUGCAGGAGGUUCACCUGCAAACCUUAAACGACCAAAUGGCUACCGACAUGCCCAUGGACACGGUGCCGGCUCCUCACUCUGCCCCAGCCUCACCCCCAGACACUGCCCCAACCUCACCUCCUACUCUCAGCUCCAGUUCAACCCAAGACCAGAUUCCCUCGCAGGAGCCAGCAAUAGCUGAAACACCUCACACAGCGGUGACCUCAGAACACGAUGCUGCUCCAGAGAUCACCCCAGCUCAGCCUGCAGCCCCAGACAUGGCACCAGGAAUUGUUCCAGGUUCUGCGCUCCCCCCAGGCCCUGUGCUGCAAUCACUGCCACCAGUCAGUGCCAAGAACCCCAGCUGCAAGAUCAUGACCUUUCGGCCCACCAUGGAGGAGUUUAAAGACUUUGCCAAAUACAUCGUAUACAUGGAGAGUCAAGGGGCUCACCGCGCUGGCCUGGCAAAGGUGAUUCCUCCGGAGGGCUGGAAGCCGCGGAAAUGCUAUGACACCAUCGAGGACAUGGUGAUUCCAGCUCCCAUCAUGCAGGUGGUGACUGGUCAGUCAGGUCUGUUCACCCAAUACAACAUCCAGAAGAAGUCAAUGACUGUGGGAGAGUACCGCAAGCUAGCCAACAGCAAGAAGUACUGCACACCUCGUCACAAAGACUUUGAUGACCUAGAGAGGAAGUACUGGAAAAACUUGACAUUUGUGUCACCCAUUUAUGGUGCGGAUGUCAGUGGCUCCAUCUAUGAUGAGGAUGUUCAAGAGUGGAACAUUGGCCAUCUCAACACGCUGCUGGAUAUGGUGGAGCAGGAGUGUGGCAUCGUUAUUGAGGGUGUCAACACACCGUAUCUAUAUUUUGGCAUGUGGAAGACCACGUUUGCCUGGCACACGGAGGACAUGGACCUCUACAGCAUCAACUACCUACACUUUGGGCAAUCCAAGUCCUGGUAUGCCAUCCCACCUGAGCAUGGCAAGAGGCUGGAGAGGCUGGCACAAGGCUUCUUCCCUGGCAGUUCCCAAGGCUGUGACGCCUUCCUUCGUCACAAGAUGACGCUGAUAUCUCCAUCCAUCCUAAAGAAAUACAGCAUUCCAUUUGACAGGAUAACUCAGAAUGAAGGGGAGUUUAUGAUCACCUUUCCUUAUGGCUACCAUGCUGGCUUCAACCAUGGCUUCAACUGUGCAGAGUCCACAAACUUUGCCACUCUGCGCUGGGUAGACUAUGGCAAGAUGGCCACCCAGUGUACCUGUCGUAAGGACAUGGUGAAGAUCUCCAUGGAUGUUUUUGUGCGCUGCUUGCAGCCUGAUCGCUAUGAGCUAUGGAAGCAGGGCAAAGACUCCAUGGUGUUAGACCAUCUUAAGGCCACCGAGCUCAGCAGCCCCGAACUAGAACGCUGGAGGCAGCAUCGUGUCACCUUCCGAGAAAACCUCCUCCGAAGGGCCAUGCAGAAGAUGAAGCAGUUCCGUCGUCUAAAGCUGGAGGAGGUGAAGGUGCUGGCAGAGGAAGGCAUUGAACUAAAUGCUGCUGAGUACCAACGUCAGGUGGAGGAGCGUGAGGCCCAGCGGAGGCAGGAGAGGGAGGAGCGUCUCGCCAGAGAGGCCAUGAUGACCCUGGAGGCCAUGGAGCGUGAGGAGCAGGAGGCCGCUGAGGCUGCUGCUAAAGCAGCUGGGACUCCGGCCGUAGAGGCACAAGAACCUGAGGCCAAACCACAGAGCUUGACAGACGACAGUGAGAAAAAGAAGCAGAAAAAGCCAAAGAAGAUGUCAAAUACCCACAACUCCAUCACUGGAUUUGAGGAAGCAUUUGAGCAGUUUGCUACAUCUGGCAUCAGGAAUUCAAAGAACGCCAUGGUCAGUCAUCCAGAGGUUGGGAAACCUCUAACCUCAAGUCAGAGUGACAUCCCAGCGGACAACAAGCUAGAUGCAUGCUACUCCAAGAUGAAGAUGCCAACAGAGGUGAAAAAGAGUCGCCGUCACCCCCUCAGCAAGCCACCCAUGCGCUCCCCUCUGUCCAUUGUCAAGCAAGAACCGACCAGUGACAAAGAGCUGUCUUCCCCUAUGCCACUUGACAGCAACAUGAAGAAACAGGAGCACCUGUGGCAGAAUCACUCACCCAACUUCCUGGCAGAGAAAGCCUUCAACAUUGCAGUGGCAGCGCUCCAACCACACUGUGCUAUCUGUUCACUCUUCUGCCCCUACACUAAGCCACAGAAAGACAUCUCCGUUGCGAACGACACCCCGCGCACCUCCCCUCCCCAUCAUGGCAGUAUGACUCGUCCGUUGGUCCCAGAGAUGUGCUUCAGUGUCGGAGCAGGAAACACAGAGCCUCCACCCACCAACUAUCACAUUGGAGAGGAUGGAACCAGUCUUCUGAUCCGCUGUUCAUCUUGCAAAAUGCAGGUUCAUGCCAGUUGUUAUGGUGUAAAACCAGACUCUGUCAGCGAUUCCUGGAUGUGCUCCAGAUGUGAAGCAGGAGCCUGGACAGUGGAGUGUUGUCUCUGCAAUUUGCGGGGAGGAGCUUUGAAGACUACCACAGAUAACCGGUGGGUCCACGUCAUCUGUGCCAUCGCUGUGGCUGAAGCUCGCUUCGUCAACGCCAUUGAAAGGGAGCCAGUGGACGUCAGUGCUGUUCCAGAAACACGCAAGAAUCUGAAGUGUGUGUUCUGCCAUGGCAAGAAUGCCAAUCAGAACCGCGGCGCCUGCAUCCAGUGCUCAUACGAGAACUGUGCCACCUCCUUCCAUGUCACCUGCGCCCAAAUUGCUGGAGUGGUCAUGAAGCCUGCCGACUGGCCCUAUGUGGUGUCUGUCACCUGCCACAGACAUAAAAGGGUCCCUCCAAAGCCGCGGACAGCACCCAAAGGCCCACAGUGUCUGAACCUGGGCCAGAGAGUGAUUGGUCGUAAUGCUGACGGCUGGUACUACCACUGUACCAUCAUCGGCAUGGCAACACAGACGUUCUACGAGGUCAACUUUGACGACGGUUCAUACUGUGACAAUCUGCACCCAGAAAAUAUAUUCAGUCACGACUGCCUACGUAGCGGUCCUCCUGAAAUAGGGGAGUUGAUCGUGGUCAGCACGCCCGAGGGUCAAAUCCUCAACGCUUCUUUUGUCAAACAGCACACCCACAAGCUCUACCAGGUUGAGUUUCAGGAUCAGAGUCAGCUUAUGCUAAAACACUCAGAGAUCCAUCAGCUGGACCAGGAGCUGCCCAAGAGGGUCCGAGCCCGACUUGCCAUACCUGUACCUCAGGAGGAGGUCCCCUCAGCAGAUGAAGCCCAAGCAGCCAAACGCCGCCGCCUGCCCUCGGGUUCAGCCCCACCCACUGAGACUCCCAUGGAAACAACAAAUCCGCCCGCCUGCCCCCUAACUACAGCCCCGGUAGAAGCACCAGCAGCACAUCAUGACAGUAUUAGUACACCGCUGACCUCACAGCCUCUGUCCCAGCCCAGCAUGGCCCGACAGGAUGCCGCCGCCGCACCAACCAACGGCAUGGAUGCUGAGACCCCAAUGGACACAAGCGUCAGCCUCACCGACGCUCUAACGGAGUCAUCCCUGGCCUCGGACCCCACGCUGACUCCACAGACGACCUCUUUUCAGUCGACAUUGAACUCUGACCCCCUCCUGUCUGCUCAGUCCCCUCCCCCACCACCCCAUCACAUGUCCAACAGCUACACGCCGAGCAGUGGCUAUGUUUCCUACAUGGAGACACUCCUCCAUUCACAUUUCCCUCAGGACGAUAGCCACGGACCCCUGUAUUAAAGAAAAAAAAAAAAAACACAACUCCACUAUGUUAUUACUUGGUCAAUGGAGACUGAGCCAAUAGGAAGUAAGCUAAUGGAGGUGGAUUGUACUGAGUGCUGUAUUAACUGGCCGUGAGAGCUCAGGGCCGGAGCAGGAAAAGACACGGACACAUGAGCACUCUUUUAAUGCAUGCUACUUUUCUACUUUUGAGUUAAUGUAUUUGCAGUGGUGCUUUAGCCUGCUCUGAAGCAGCAGCUAAAGAGGAAAAGGCUUUUUUUAUUUUUGACAUUAAUUAUAAUUAUUAUUAUUAUUGUUAUUAUUAUUUGUUUUUGUUUAUUUUUUGGUAGGUCUUGUUUUUUUUUUGUUUUGUUUUUGGUCAGCUGCUGUGCUUUUCUCCUCCAUCUUAAUAUGAAUACGUCUCUGGGUGGUAUCAACUCCAUACCUCGUUGCAUUAAUUCAGUAACAGCACACUCCCUUUUUCUUUCUACAGGAAGCUAAUUACGAUAAUGAACUCUCGGCAUUGAGGUCUUGGUGGACUACACUUUUUUUUUUCUUUUCUCUCCAAAUCAAAUAACCAGCAACAAAAUAUCUAUUUUUCAAUCCAGCCACUUGUGGCUUCAAUACUGUUUGGAAUGAAAGUGUCACAAUGUCCAUCUACAGGAUAUUUUCAGUAAGGUGUUUUAUUGCCGGAUUGCAAGAGGUAAAUGGGGAAAAGGGGUUUAAAAAAAAAAGUAUUGUAGGGGGAACCCAGUAUUUAAAUGUCUUAGUCAAAUAUUGAAAGAAUUAUUUGUAAUAGAAGAAACAUGUUGAAUGCAAACACUAGUAGAUGUGUCACCGUAGUAAACAGAAGAGAUCUUUUAUGUAAUGACGUCAUUGAAAUGGUCAUUUGGCGACUCCACUUUUCACUCCCAAAACUGUCUCAGGGUUCCUACAUGUGGAAAAUAAAUUCUAACAUGCAAGUCUUCGCGCAGUUAAGAAAGUACACAACAGCCUGGAAAAUUGCCUCAAAAUUAUCCUCAGUCAUAGUUGGCACAUGUAUAUCUGUUGCUAUUAUUGUCAUAUUUGCUCCUGUUAACAGUUUAUCUGCUAUAUUGAGUGAUAUCUUUGUUUACUGUCACGUUAUCUCCUAGUAGCACAUGAACUGGUCAAAACUAUGAAGUCAGUUUAAAGAAUAAAAUUAUGGAAAAUGUCUGAUUCCUGGAAAUAGGAAAUUAUGUAGGAACCCUAAAAUCUGGAAAUAUUUUGUACCAUUUUUGGUUUAAAUUCUGUGUAUUAAUCAAUAUUGUAUAUUGUUAAUGUUGUCUGUUUUUUCUAUGACGGUAUCCUUUCUAUGUUCAUUUUCUUAAAUGAAUUCACAAACUUGGCCGAUCUAAAAAAAAUAUUAAUACCUUUAUUUUUGACAGAUUUUUGCAGGCAUAUUACUCAGUUUAUAACGACAACUACGUGUUUUUUUUCCGGGAUAUGGCCGAUUUGUGCUACAAAGGUGCUACAGAGAUAAACUACUGAUGGACUAAAUUUCCCAACACUGUCACCUUGUACAUACCGCAGGCCUUGUGUAUCGUGAAUCAAAUUUGUAAAUGUCCUUCUCCUUGUUUUUCUUCUGUCACGACAACCGAAAUGUUGGAACACAGAUGUGUUCCUGUAUCCAAAUGAUCAUCAGUUGAGAAAACUUAUUUCAUAGGGAUUAAAGUGGGUUGCUAGUUGCCA